AUGUCGUCGUCUUCCCUUUACAUUCCGGGAGAGACCAUCGUCCCGUACCAGUGCACUCCCGGGGAGGAGGAAGAGGUGACCGCCACUGUGAUUCGCAAAAUCUUUUCUGGCCUGAGUGUGUUUGGCAGCUCGUUUAUUUUGGCAACGAUUUAUCAGAAAUGGCGUCGCGCUCCCCGUAGUAUCGAUCCCUAUUGCCGCAUCAUGGUGGGCCUCAGUUUGUAUGAUAUUAUAUGGAGUUUCUUUCCCUGGUUCAUGGGUAGCUGGUUAAUGCCCGCAGAGACCGGUCACUACGGUGCCAGUGGCAAUACCCAAACAUGCACAAUGCAGGGUUUCUUCUUUUGGUUGGGCGUACCGGGUGCCCAAUACUAUCAAAUAUUGUUGUCGCUCCAUACCCUGCUUUUGGUGACGUUCCGAUGGACACCACUCGAUUUUCACAAAUACAUUGAACGGUGGUCCCACGGAGCCAUUUUCUUUAUUUCGGUAGUAUUGGCGACAAUCCCCCUCUUUUUUCAGGGGUACAAUCCCGAAUGCUCCACCUGUUUGCCGGCACCGUUGCCCAUUUGGUGCGGGGAUUGGAUCUUUUGGGGAGACGGCGAGACGGAGUGUCUCCGUGGGAGUCCCAAACUAAGCCAGGCAUACUAUACAAUCUACCUCACCAAUCUGUCCAUCAUGGGGGUCUUUUGCACCUACUCCAUGCUCCAGGUCUACUGGACCGUGCGGAAACAGGAGGACCGAAAUUCCCGGUACAUUGCCUCCUUUCAGCGAACCGACGCGCAUCGAACCAAGUCGAGACGCAUUCGACGAACCAUGAUCUUGUACACAUUUGGCUUUUACUUGUGUUGGAUCUGUCCUAGCUUUAUCAUUCACUUUGCCAAACAGGGAACGCCCAUGAUGAUCAUGUCCUAUAUCCUACUACCCUUUCAAGGAUUCUUUAAUAUGAUCAUCUUUUUGGCCCCCAAGUGUGCCAAAUACCAGAAAGAUCAUCCUGGAACAUGGCUGCUCAUGGCCUACUUGUAUGUCUUGUUAGACACCAUUGCAACUCCCGUCAAGUAUGUGAUCAGCGGAUCAUCGCGGCAAUUGGAUUCCAUGAGACCUCGACAAUCCUCGUUGAGGGUGCGCAACCCGUUUCGAAUGUCGAGUUCGACAUUCAGCAUUAAUAAUUUCAGUUGGAGGGGGACCCUGCCAGGAGAAACGGAUGUAACGACUCAAGUGGAAUUUCAGGGCGAUGACGACGAUGAUAAUCUCGGUUUCAAUGACUUUAAUGAGGAUCCUUUUGCAACUGAAGAGCCAGUUCCACAACAGCAGCGGCAGCCACAACGGAGUACAGGGAACCUCAUGGAUGCCGUCAAGGAGGAGGAAGAGCUUGAUCAAAGUGAACCAGCGCACGAUAUCAAGGAGCUUCCCUCCGAAAAGAAGGUGGCAAUUGGUGGUGAUGAGACGACGAGAAGGGACGAAGAGUCAAAAACUUUUUCUGCUGACAUGACAAGUCAAGAACUGGACCCACCAGGCCACACUCCUGCUGAAGAGACGCCUUCUGCGGAGGACGACCCCCCCCGAGCAAUGGACCGGGGAUGA